ACCAGAAUAGAAUAAGAGAAGAAGAGAAGAAGAAGACGCGUCAACAGCAGAAGCAGAAGUUAACGCGUUGCCGAGUAAAUAAAGAAACCAGUGGCUGUGCGGUAGCUGUGUGGCUGUGCGUGUGGCUUGCGUGAUAACGAUCGGAGCCGAGCUGCGACGAUUGUUUUCUGCUCCUCCUCUUUCUUAUCCGCCGCUGCUUCUUCACAAGUUUGUUGAAUAAGUUGCUAUUUCGCUGUUGAAUCUACUGUUGGAGUUGUUAACUACUCGUAUUCUUCUCUUAUAACACAUCUUCUAUUCACAAUGCUCAAGUGGGUUCAAUCAGGAAUCUCCGCCGCCGUCGGCACCGCAGAGCCCGAGUACGGCCCUGACGCCUUCCAUCCCAUCACAGAGACCGUCGCCGGCUCCAAUCCCUUUGGCGAGCUCACCCUCGAGGAUCUCCAGUGGCGAAACCUCUCCUUCACCAACGUCGAGACCCAGGUCUUCUACCUGACCCUUGCCUCCGGCCACGUCUGCUUCGUGCAAAUCAUCCUCUCCAACCUCGCCGGCAUCCACACCACCUCCCAAUUCACCUGCCGCAUCUACCACCCCGACAAGCCCGAGGAGUCGGUCUGGACCUCGACCCAUCUCAACGACUUCAAGUUCAGCAAGAACAAGGCCUCCUUCGCCGCCGACAACAUCAACAUCGACAUCAACGACGACUUGUCGGCCUACCACAUCGUCUCCACCGUCAACGACCAGUCCAUCGUCGACAUCACCAUCACCCGCGAGGCUCCUGGUUUCAAGAUCGGCAAGGACGGAAUCACAAAGUACGGCACCGACCUCGACAAGCCCUGGGGCACCAUGCGCCACGUCUUUUGGCCCCGCGCAAAGGUCGCGGGUAAAAUCACCGUCAAGGGCAUCGAGCUCGCCGCCGACGGCCUCGCAAUGUUCGUCAUGGCCCUCCAGGGCAUGAAGCCCCAGCACGCCGCCGCCAGAUGGAACUUUGCAAACUUCCAGGGCCCGAAUUCCUCCGCGGUCAUGAUGGAGUUCACCACCCCGCCCAGCUACGGUUCGGUCGUGGUCAACAUCGGCGCCGUCGUCCGCGGCGACAAGCUUCUCGCCGCAACCAUCAACAACAAAGCGAUCCACACAAAGACCAAAUCCGACGCCGAAAACGACUGGCCCGCGCCGCUCGAGAUCGAGUUCGACUGGGCGGGCAAGACCGCCGACGACGCUGCCGACGUCGAAGCAAAGAUCGUCGCGCCGCUCCCGAACCUGAUCGAGCGCGUGGACGUGAUGGCUGAGAUCCCCAAGUUUGUGAAAAACAUCGUCGCGGGCGUCGCGGGAACGAAGCCGUACAUUUAUCAGUACUCGAACCCGGCGUCCAUCAAGAUCAAGCUUGGUGAUGAGGAGUGGGAGGAAUCCGGCCAUCUCUACAACGAGGCCACCUUCAUCUCAUAAUCUCUUCUAUUGAUCUUUAACCUUGAAGAAGGACCGUGACGUUUUUUUAUUAGUUGUGUUGUUGUUUUUGUCUUCCUUCUUGCUUUGUGCAUGUAAUUUUCUUUCGUAUAUAGUUCUCUUAGCUCUCUUAACCUCCUUGAUAAUUUUGUUAUAUCUUAUUUCGUAAUUUCGCGGGAAAUGGACUUUUUAUACUCUGAGCUUACAUAUACU